CUGUUUAAUCUUUACCAGUGGACAUUUAUUUAAUACUAGGAAGCAAAUGAAUAAGAGGGAAGAAGCACUGUGAAAGAAAAGUCCAGCACAAACCAUUCAGGACAAUGAAGUCUGCAUUGUAUUUGUGUUUGUUGCUUCUUGGACUUCAAGUCCAGGGUCGACAGCAGGAACAAAUACAUCACUCUCCAGAAGACCAGUCCCAGGCUGAUAUUGAAAAUUUGCCUUAUGUCAAGCUAGCCCCCAGCAAUGCUGACUUUGCAUUUAAGCUUUACAAGCAGAUCAGAGAUGAGGUGGGCAACAGGAACAUUUUCUUCUCUCCUUUGAGUAUCUCCACGGCCUUUGCAAUGCUCACCCUGGGGGCCAGAUCAAACACACUCAGACAGCUGCACAAAGGCCUUGCCUUCAACCUGACACAGAUAGAGGAGAAGGAGAUUCAUGAGGGAUUUCAGCAUAUCCUCCAGCUGCUGAAUGACCCUCACCGAGAAGCCCAACUGAACAUGGGCAAUGCCCUCUUUGUAGAUAAACAAGUGGAAUUGCUUCAAAACUUUUUGGAUGGCGUCACAAAUUUUUAUUACACUGAAGCUGUUUCUAGCAACUUCAAAAAUGCUCCUGAGGCUGUAAAGGAAAUCAAUAAGUAUGUGGAAACAAAAACACAUGGCAAAAUUGUUGAUUUAGUCAAGAGUCUUGAACCAGAAACUGCGAUGGUGCUCAUUAACUACAUUUUCUUUAAAGGCUCCUGGGAAAGACCUUUCAACAGUUUAAUCACAAGAGAUGAUGACUUCUUUUUGGAUGCAAAGAAUUCUGUUAAAGUCCAAAUGAUGCAUCAGAACAAGCACUUCAAUGUCCACAGGGAUGAGAAGUUGUCUUGCUGGGUAGUAGAAAUCCCAUACAAAGGAAAUGUUACUUCAUUUUUUGUUCUGCCUGAUGAAGGGACAAUGAAACAGGUGGAAGAUGCUCUGCUAAAAGAAACAGUGGCUGACUGGUUGAGAUCGUUUAAAAAAAGAGAGAUCUACUUGGACCUUCCAAGAUUCUCUGUCUCUGGCUUCUAUGAUCUCAAGAGCCUGUUUGAGAAAAUGAAUGUGACAGAGGUGUUCAGUGAUCAGGCUGAUCUCUCUGGAGUGGCAAAAAAUCUUCUUCUGAAGGUUUCCAAAGCAAUUCACAAGGCCACGGUGGAUGUUAGAGAGAAUGGCACAGAGGCUGCUGCAGUGACUGCGUUAGAAGCAAAACCAGCGAGCCUACCAAUUCCUCCCCCUCCUCACAUCACCUUCAACAGGGCCUUCCUGAUGAUGAUUAUUGACAAAACCACUGAUGGCCUGCUCUUCCUGGGGAAAAUUGUGAAUCCAGCUGCUAAGGAAGACUAGGCCAGAGCAUUCAUACUCUCCAGUGCAGAGAAGAGCUUGUGCACAUCCCAGGAAAUCCUUUUCAAAGUAGGACUAGAACUGAUCUGAUGUAUAAUCAGCAAAUAAAUAAAUAAAUCUUCUGUCAAGUUCUUUACUUCAAAAC